AUGGCCGUGACGCUCUCCACUCCAGCUAGCCCCCCGCUGCUAAAAAAAAAACUGAAAGCGACGCAUUCAGGGCGCGGAUGGCGACAAGAAGGGCUGCCGGCUGCCGCUUCUUCAGCGCGGGCCCUACUACGACGUGGUGAUGACACUGAUAGCGUAGCAGCGAUCUUGAAAAAAAGAAACAUGACGGCGAUAGCGUGGCAACCAUACUCUACUCCCCGCCAGCAAUGGCAAGCCAGAAAACAUCAAACAUCUCGGGCCGGGAGGAGACCGAUACAACUAAAAUACGUCGACGUGCCCACUCGCACUCGGGCCGGGCCAUUUCCAACUGCAUUUUUAUUUUAUUAUUACAUGCCCUCCCAGACUAGUCUCCCGAUCCAAGCAAGCAAGCCGUUGCUGUCAUGUCACCUCAGAGCUGACCUUUCGCCGGGCCGCUGUAAGCCUCUUGAACUGAGAGCAAGAGCAGAAGCCCAUGAGAUGAGACGCAAGCAAAAUAUGCAAGAAAAUGGCACAAUCAUGAUUCAGUUUGGUCAGCAAGUGCCUAACUGCGAGUCCUCAGCUAGCGAUUCUCCUCAAGAAGUGUCCGGAAUGAGCGAAGGGAGCUUUAAUGAGCAGAAUGAUCAAUCUGGUAAUCGCGAUGGCUAUACGAAGAGUAGUGAUGAAGGCAAGAUGAUGUCGGCUUUGUCUCUGGGCAAUUCAGAAAUGGCAUACACACCGCCAAAACCUGACCGCACUCAUCCCUUUGCCAUAUCAUACCCAUAUGCUGAUCCUUACUAUGGUGGUGCAGUGGCAGCCUAUGGCGCACAUGCUAUUAUGCACCCCCAGAUGGUGGGCAUGGUACCAUCCUCUCGAGUGCCACUACCGAUUGAACCAGCUGCCGCCGAAGAGCCCAUUUAUGUGAAUGCGAAGCAAUACCAUGCCAUUCUCCGAAGGAGACAGCUCCGCGCAAAAUUAGAGGCUGAAAAUAAGCUGGUCAAAAGCCGUAAGCCGUACCUGCAUGAGUCCCGGCACCAGCACGCGAUGAAGCGGGCUCGGGGAACAGGCGGGCGGUUCCUCAACGCAAAGGAGAAGUCUGAAGCUUCAGGCGGCGGCAAUGCAUCAGCGAGGUCUGGCCACGCCGGCGUUCCCCCGGAUGGCGGCAUGUUCUCGAAGCACGACCACACCUUACCAUCCGGUGACUUCCAUUACCGCGCGAGAGGGGGCGCCUAG